UACGAACAUCUUCCGGAUCGCCCUGAUGCAAAAGUACAACCCGGAUUCGUUUGAGUUGUCGCAAGCCCACCUCUUCUUCUACUGGGACAAGCUUGAGAAGAGCAACUGAUUCCUGGAACAGAUCGACACUGCUACAGGAGCCCCUGAGCGACGGCGGACAGUGGGACAUGGUCUACAACCUGGUCGCCAAGCACGGCAUCGUCCGGCAGGGCCUCUACCCCGACUCCUUCUCGGCCGGCGCCAGUAGUACCCUCAACAGCAUCCUCUUCACCAAGCUCCGCGAGUACGCCCUCGUCCUCCAGCACCUCUUCUCCUCCUCCUCCUCCUCCUCCGCCUCCUCUCUGUCAGAGACCAAGGCCAAGAUGCUCCGCGAGAUCCACACGAUCCUCACCCUGACGCUGGGGCCCUCGCAGUCGGCCGAGGAGCCCUUCACCUGGGAGUUCACGGACAAGUCCGGGCGGGCGCGGACGGCGCGGCGCGGCAUGCCCGUCUUUCUUCGGCUGCGACGUCGGCCAGGCCAGCCCAGCGACUCCCGCGCCGCGCCUCAUGGACCUCCGCCCGUCGACUGGGAGGCCGCAUUAAACGUGUCGCUGCUGCUGCUGCCGCCGGCGCGGCUGCGGACGGGCGAGUCGCUCAUGACGCACAUCAUGGUCCUCACCGGCGUGCACGUGGACGAGGAGACGGAACCGGUCGUGCUGCCGCGCUGGGACCCGAUGGGGAGCUUGGCGUAGCCGAGUUUUUAGCUUUUUUUUUUUUUGCCUCCUCCUAUAUCGGGGUAAUGCUCGCCAUGGAAAAAGAAGG